AUGUGGAGUUCCCACGACCAUGGGACAGACAUGCUAGGAACAAAUGCAAAUGCACGUCCGCAAUCAAUGGCCGAGGAGGAAGCGAACUCGGUGUUUAGCCACGACGAAGGCUCGAGUGGUGAAGACACCACCAACAACGGCUCGGCCGGACCACCGAGAAAGCGCAAGAGGGAGAAGCACCAAAAGACAUCAUGCGAGCUGUGCAAGGCGAGAAAGGUGAAGUGCGAUCGCGCGGAGCCCGCCUGUUCAUGGUGUGCUCGUCACAACCGCACAUGUGUCUAUCUUGAGAGACAGAAACCUGGAAGCCGUAUCGGUUUCAGUCUUGAACUUGAGGCCAAGGUCAACAGACUUGACGCGCUCCUGCAAGCCCUAGGCCGUCGUGUGGAGGAACACAUCGCCAACGACCAUGUUGCCAAUGCCCAAGCCCUCUCCCCAGCCAUCAGUAACCAAGCAUCAUCUCAAGUCGAGGGUUUCCAUCACGAUGCGAAUGGCGUCAGUCCAGCAUCUGCUCUGCCGAGGACAGGGCCGACUGCAAAUGGGAGAACACCCGCCUUUUCAAGCCCGUUCUGGCAGGGUGGCGACGCUCAGGAGGCGCUUCAGAAUGGAGAUCGAACUUCAGUCCAGGCUCUCUUGAACCUCUCAGCAUCAGAAUCUUUUAGCCAGGCGGGCGCAACUCCCAGUAUCUCUGGGCCGCGCAAAGAGGCAUCAUCUCUGACGACUGUGUCUGAGUUUCCGCCACACGACAUGCUUUACACACUUGUCGACUUGUACUUUAAGCACUGCAAUACCUGGUGUCCGAUUCUUGACCGCAAAACGACAUUUGGCGCCUUUUUUGGCUCGACUUCACUGACCGAUGCUGACCGUGUCCUACUGCAUGCUAUUGUGGCGACGACCUUGAGAUUUUUAAAAGACCCGCGAUUGUCGCCCGAAAUGCGAUCUCACUACCACGCCGUGUCGAAAGGCAGGGUCCAAAUAUACGCGAUGGAAAAUGUUAGUAUUGCGGCGCUGAGGUCUCUGGUUAUCCUAUGUUUGGAUGAGCUCGGAACCUCCAACGGACCACGUGGUUGGAACAUGCUUGCGCUUCUUGCACAGAACGUAAGGCAGCUGGAGUUGUGCGAGGAGUGCAGUGUUUAUCUCACAGCCGAGGCAGAAGAGACCCCGCACACCGGCUCAAUCCGAAGAGUUGCAACAGGUCGGCCUGAGUCUUGGAUUGAAGACGAGGGUCGGCGGCGGUUGUGUUGGAUGGUAUACCUACUUGACCGAUACGCAACGAUCGCGACCACCACCUUCGACUUCAUGCUCGACGAUAAUAAGAUGAAGCGCAGUCUUCCGUGCUCGUACGACUUGUUCUCAAGAAACGUUCCGGUCGAAACAAGAUCAUGGAGCCCAUCCUUCGACCCGACCGUCGCUCCAUCCAUCAACAAGCCCGAUAACCUGGGCAGUUUCUCGUAUCAUUGCGAGAUACUGCGUAUACUCAGCAAAGUCCACGACUUCCUGAAGACGCCCAUCGACGUGACGUCGUCGGGUGAGAUGGCUGUCUGGCGGAACACGUACAGGUCGUUGGAUGGGGCGCUCGAUAGUUGGCUUCAGAGUCUACCGAGCGAGUACAGUAGGAUAUCAGCGCUGUGCCACUCAGACCCGGCGAGCCGCGUCGCAAAUUGGUUCAUGCUUCACAGCGCAUAUGUCACGUCCGUGGUGCGUCUGCAUUCUUCAGCAGCGUACCCUACUAUAAGAUCACACAUUUUCGUCCCAUCGCACUAUGCGAUGCAGAGAUGCCUUUCGGCCGUGCAGAGUCUAGGCGAUAUUGCUCAAGAUGUUUUCGAGGCCAAUGGUCUUGACCUGCUCGGUCCGCCAUUUGCAUUCUCGCUAUGGGUGGCGGCGAGGUUGUUGCUCGUCCAUGCAGCGACAGUCGGGUGCCCCGUCGACCCCAAGAUUGAUUUUUUCAUCGAAACACUCAGGCACGUCGGUCAAUACUGGGAGGUGGCAAACAACUAUGCCAAAAUCCUGGCUCGAGUAGUCCAACGAGGACGUCAAGGCGACAUGAACUUUACUGCCAUGAGAAAGAGCGCCCAUGAUCUAGUGACUCUGACAUCCUCCACUCGACGCUCUGGCGUGGAGCCGACCUCGACUCAGGUAACGUCAUUAAGCGAGCUGGACAACAUUGAUGUGUUUGACUUCUUCAACUACCCGAAAAUGUCGGAUCCGCAAUUAAGAGCCACCAACGGCCAGACAAACAUACUACAAGCCCAGGUCAUGAGUGGUUUGGGCGGCGAUUCCAUGAGGUGUACAGGCGUACCGGAUCCGGAGUCAGACUGGUUGGGGUUCAACACUCCUUUUACCUGA